AUGAACACAACAAAUAUUAGUGUUAUUUAUGAUGCAUCUGUAUAUACUGGUCCUUCGAAUUCUCCGGUUGUUGUUCUUUUGUAUCGUUAUGGAUUAGGAUUUAUAUUCCUAUGUGGAUUCACAGGUAACCUAGCAAGUAUGGCAACAUUUAUGCAAAUAACAUUACGUGCCACUUCUACUGCCUUUCUUUUUCUCAUUUUGGCUGUCUCCGAUAGUUUAUUUCUACUUGUGUCAAUUUUUGACUUUAUUGAAGUUGGUUUGACACAAGAACCAAUUCUAUUAACAAACUACGAUAGUUUAUGUCGAUUUCGUUGGUUCUUGAAGGGCUUGACUCAAUUCUGUUCAGCUUGGAUUCUUGUGUUUGUCACAAUUGAUCGGUGGCUUAGAACACGUUUACCAUUUAAAGCUAAUAAAUGGUGUACACAUAAGAAUGUCAUCAUUGUUACAAUAUGCAUUAUAAUUGUUGGAAUUAGUCUACAUAGUCAUAUGUUGAGUGCUGAAUUCUUUGGUAAAUUUUUCCCUGGUAUUGCAACAGUAGCAUGUGGACCUGUACAGCUUUGGACUCCAUAUACAUUAUUUUUUUUUGUUCAGUGGCCUUUCAUUCAAGUAUUCUUUGUUUGUCUAAUUCCUGCAACAUUGAUGCUUCUUGGCAGUAUUGACAUUCAUCGAACUAUACAAAAAACAAAAUCUCGUAUUCAAACAGUUGGAAUGAAUCAGACACAGCAGUUACGUCAAGCACGUUUACAUCGACAAAUGUUGAUUUUGAUGAUAUCAAGUAUCAUGAUAUUCUUUAUCACAACAUUACCUGUUAGUAUUCGUCAAAUUGUAGCUGCCUAUGCAAUUUUUGCUAAUACAACAAUUGAUGAAAAUGAAAUUGUCAAUGAAACAGCUAUACUCACUGUAUUACUCAGCUUUAACUAUGCCAUCAACUUCUAUGUUCAUUGUUUGACAUCAAAAUUAUUUCGUGAUGAAUUUAUUAAAUUUAUUAAGAUUAUUUAUCGAUUAGCUGGAUGUACAACUGGAAACAAUACAAUUAAUAUUAAUCAGAAUGUAUUACCACCAACUGUAAAUGGAAAUGCUCAAGCCAAUAUUCGUCAUCAACAACCACGCACUUGA